AUGGCGAAGCUUCUGAUCCUUGCUACUUUGUUAUUUGUCUCAUUCAAAACAGGAGGAAGUUCCGUGGGAACAACCACCAGUCCUCAGCAACAGAAUCCACAAACUGGUGCUGACAAAGACCCAUGUGAGGUACUGUUAAGCAUGCUUUAUCUGUCAUACCUCAGUUUACCCCUCAUGUCUGCCAAGUUAAGCACAAAAAACCCUUAUCAAUCAUAAGUUUUCAAAGACAAAGUAGAACAUUGCUGAAUUAAGUUUCUUUUAGGGAUAUCCCUACGUAUACAACGUUACGAGAUCAUUCGAUGUUCCGAGCUGUUUCUCCUAAAAUGAAGCUAACUUCUCAUCAAGAUUAGUUUCUGAAGAAACUGCUGUGCUACUUCGGCGAACAAGUAAAUAUCAAUGAGCAUAAAGUACAUCCAUCAAAUUACAAUAUGUUCUUUUUUCUUACUCAGAAGUCCAUUUUUGCUCACCGAUUUUAUGGCAUUCCAGGAUCGAAUGGCAUACCAGGAAUGCCGGGAAUUCCUGGCGCCCCAGGGCCGCAAGGACAACAAGGAAAAGAUGGUGCUAAGGGGGAGCCUGGUGUCAAGGGACCGAGAGGUAUGCCGGGAACAAGAGGACUAAAAGGAAAUCCAGGGUCACUUGGUAAAAAUGGUGCACCUGGAAUGAUGGGAAUAAAAGGAGAUAAAGAUCAUGAAGGGUCACGUGGCAGCAAUGGACCGCCAGGAAUCAAGGGUGUGAAAGGAGAGCAGGGAUAUAAAGGAGAGAAAGGAGAAAUCGUGAAUAGUGCAGUGUCACAGACCAACUGGAAACAGUGUGUGUGGAAAAAUCUUGAUGAUAAUAGAGAUAGUGGAAAGAUUAAGGUACAGAAAUAUCUAGAAAAUGCAAUGAAAAAUAAAGUAUUAGAGCCAAUUUGUCAUGACCGUCUCUGAAAAAGGCUUUUGAAAUAUGCAGCUGAACUAGAAAUAUCAAUUAUCAAUAUUCUAUGCAUUCUUGCAGGCUGCAAAAGUAUAAGGUCAUCAUCAAGUUAUUUCCUGUAAUACUCUUAUAAAACAUUUUUUUUGGCAGUAACACUGUAUUCAUGGCAUUUUUUAUAGGAUUGCUCAUUCAACAAGCUGCAGUCUGAUACAGCUAUUAAAGUCUCAUUCCAGGGAAAUACACAAGUCUAUGGCACUUCUUCUAGAUGCAACCGGUGGUUCUUCAAAAUUAAUGGAAAUGAAUGCAGUGGACCAAUGACAAUUGAGGCUGUUGUGUACAACAGCUGGCCAUCUGGGAAUCCUCAGCUGCUUCAUCACAGAUCAUUUGAGGGAUACUGUGAAAAUAUUCCACAGGGCAGGGUUACUGUGGAGUUAUGGGUAGGAAAGUGUUCCAGUGGUCAUACACUGGGUGAUGCUCGCACUGGAUGGCAAUCAGUAUCCCGGAUAAUGAUAGUGGAAGUGUCUAGAGCCCAGUCCUAAUCAGCCCUGAUAUCUUCACUUGAGGACUGGAGUAGAAUAUUCUCUUUUCCAUUCAUCCUUUAUUCUAGAUUUCAUGAUUUUCUCACAUUUUCCAUACCACCCAAUAAUUAAAGUUAUAUCAUAUAUCACGAGUACUAUUUUCUAUCACCUUUUUUUCAGUAUCUUGAAAAAUAGUCUUGAAACCCUUUUAAAACAUUUAAUGAAAACAAGAGAUUUGUUGCAAGAUCCCAAUUUGAAGGAAAAAUAUUUAUCACUGAAUCUCCCAACUAAUUCAAUAUUUUAAAAUUGAAUUAUAUUCACAAUUAGUUUCUUUUUAUGGAAAUAAAUUUGAUCCAUCCUGUUUGUUCUGGAAAGUCCUUUGGAUCUGGGGGUACAUCUGGAAUUUCCUUCAUAUAAAAUGUAAAAAGAAAAUUUCAAAGGGACAGUGAGCACAGAUUGCCCAAGCUCAUAACAAGAGUAUCUAUUCUUUUAGUCAGGAGAUGAGAUUUAUAUUGGCGGUUUCAUUAAGCAAACAUAACUUUUGCCUUGAGGAAGAAGCCUGUUAUAUCAGAG